CCAAGAAUCAAGCUCGCCUUUCCGGCGCUAGAGACGCUCCAGGCGGGACACGGGAAAGGAGGCUGACGGUAUCAGCCCCGUUGGGCACGGCCACGUGUGAGCACCGGUGGGGCGGACGGCACUUUCGCGACGAUGGGUAGCAGCCUGGCGGGGCCGGGCAUCGCGCUCCUCUUAGCGGUGCUGCUCGUUCCAGGGCGGCGGUCCGGGUCGGAGGCGGCGGGGGGUUGUUCUGGUUGUGGAAAAUGUGACUGCAAUGGAGUAAAGGGGCAAAAAGGUGAAAGAGGUUUGCCAGGUUUACAAGGCUUAGUUGGAUUUCCUGGAGUACAAGGACCAGAAGGGCCUCCAGGAGCCUCCGGAACGAAGGGUGAUACUGGAGAACCAGGACUACCAGGAACAAAAGGAACGAGAGGGCCUCCUGGUUCAGCAGGCUAUCCUGGGAAUCCUGGCCUUCCGGGCAUCCCUGGAGGUGAUGGCCCGGCUGGUCCUCCUGGGAUCCCAGGAUGCAAUGGAACAAAGGGAGAAAGAGGUCCUCAUGGCCCACCUGGUUUACCCGGCUUACCUGGCAAUCUCGGACUUCCAGGAGUUCCAGGAAUAAAGGGAGACCCAGGAGAAAUUAUUUCAAUCCUGCCAGGUGGUUUUCAAAAGGGUGAGAAAGGAUUGCCUGGACAUACUGGACUACCAGGAACACCUGGACUUCCAGGUAAUACUGGCCCUAUUGGACCACCUGGACCUCCUGGAAGACAUGGUAUUCCUGGGCCACCUGGACCUCCAGGUGAGAAGGGUCAUAUGGGCUUGAGUUUCCAAGGUCCACAAGGGGAAAAGGGUGAGCGUGGUGUCAUGGGCCCCCCUGGUCCCCAAGGAACAGAUACCCAGCAUCAAGAGAAAGGGACCAUCGUCAUACAGGGAGACAAAGGUGAUCCUGGUGAAAAAGGUGACGAUUGCAUUCCAGGGCCACCAGGCCAGAGCAUCAAAGGGGGAAAAGGUGAACCUGGGAAACCUGGUCCACGGGGAAGGCCUGGAAAAGAUGGAGAGGAUGGAGAGAAGGAGAACGUGGAUUACCUGGUCAUCCAGGAAUUACUGGACAUCCUGGUGUACUUGGAUCUAAAGUUACAGAUGAAAGAGAUGAAGAAGUCUUUGGUGAAAAGGGUGAUUCAGGACCUCAAGGGUUUUCAAGGUAGUCCAGGGCCACCAGGUCCUCCGGGGCAAGCUAUUCCAGGACCAGCUGGUUUUCCUGGUGAAAGAGGGAGAAAAGGUGACCAGGGGCCUCCUGGAACAUCUUUGCCUGGGCCAAAAGGAAGAGAUGGAUUUACAGGACCUCGUGGUUCACCUGGGCCUCCAGGCCUCCCUGGUGGAACAGAUGGAAUUGGGUGUGAACGUGGUCUACCUGGUGACCCAGGUCUUCAAGGCACCCCAGGACAGUCAGGCUACACAGGAGAAAGAGGAGAGAAAGGUGAAAAAGGGGAAAGCUGCUUGGAGUGUGAUGGAGCAGGUUUCCCUGGACCAACAGGGCCCCAAGGGCCUCAAGGGGAGCAAGGCAUUCCAGGACUACCGGGUGCUAAAGGUGAUAGAGGCUCUCCUGGAUUUGAAGGCAUUCCGGGAGUGGCAGGACCUCCUGGUGUACCUGGUUUGAUAGGAAUCCCAGGACCAAAAGGAGAACCUGGAGAGAUUUUCUAUGACUCCAUUGUAAAAGGUGAAAAGGGAGAACCAGGAUUACCUGGACAUCCAGGUACUCCUGGCAAAGAAGGAAGGCCAGGAAAGGAUGGUGUCCCUGGCAGCCCAGGACCUAAAGGAGCAUCUGGAACCAUUGGAUUAAAAGGAGACCGUGGACUCCCAGGGAUAAGUGGUUUACCAGGGUCUCCUGGAGACAGAGGUUUCCCUGGUCCUCCAGGAGUUGGGAAUCCUGGACCACAGGGUGAUAAAGGAGAUAAGGGAGUUCCUGGAAUCCCUGGGACCUCUGGACUUCCAGGUCCCAAAGGUGAGGCUGGACGUGUUAUUUCUCUCCCUGGUCCCCCUGGAGCGAGAGGUUUUCCUGGACCUGCUGGAAAUCCAGGCUUCCAAGGUGACAAGGGAGACCCAGGGAUCCCAGGAAGACCUGGUCUGCCAGGUGAAAAAGGUCUGGCAGGGCCUCCUGGAAUUGGAUUUCCUGGCCCUUCAGGGCCCCCAGGCUUUCCUGGUCAGCCAGGUCCACAAGGUUCAAGAGGAGAGAAGGGAGAACAUGGUUUCCAAGGUGUGCCAGGUGCAUCUGGAGCCAAAGGACAGAAGGGCGAAGCUGGAUUAGGUCUCCCAGGUCCUAAAGGUUUUCCUGGUCCCCGAGGACGAGAUGGCAUUCCUGGAUCAAAAGGUGACCAGGGAUAUCCUGGUGUGAUAGGGGAGAAAGGACUUCCUGGCAUACCUGGUCAGCCAGGAUCUCAAGGUGAAUUGGGUCCUCCUGGAUUACCAGGUGUACAGGGUUCCCCUGGUGAACCCCAGAUGGGCUCUCCUGGCCCCCCUGGCCCUUCAGGACAAUCUGGGCCUCCAGGACCAAUAGGACCACCAGGAAUCAAAGGUGAGAGAGGCCACCCGGGUAUCCCUGGGCUAGAUACGCCAGGACCUAAAGGAGACAAAGGGACGCCAGGAACACAAGGUCUGUCAGGUGUGCCAGGGUUGCCAGGCUUACCUGGCUUACAGGGGCAACAAGGACAUCCAGGUGUUCCAGGAGUGAAAGGAGAAAUGGGAAUUAUGGGUACCCCUGGAAUUCAAGGUCUACCUGGUCCUAUAGGAACUCCUGGAACUCCAGGUGAAAAAGGUAGCCUAGGUUUUCCUGGAGUGGCAGGACCAAGAGGUGAUCCAGGUUUAAAAGGUGAAAAAGGUGAAAUUGGACUCCCAGGGGAGCCAGGAAAAAUGGGAAAGGUUGACAUGGAAAACAUGAAAGGCCAAAAAGGAGAACAAGGAGAUAAAGGAACAAAAGGGUUAAUAGGAGAAAAAGGAACUCCAGGAAUCUCUGGCAGGCCAGGAAUGCCAGGAAAGGAUGGGGAUCCUGGUUUACCAGGACAAGCAGGACCAAAAGGAGAUUCGGGCAGUCCAGGAUUCCAGGGUGAAGCAGGAUUUCCUGGAGAAAAAGGAUCAAUGGGUGAAAUGGGUUUACCAGGGCUACCUGGAGAAAAAGGGUUUCAAGGCCUUCCAGGUGAGGCGGGUCAGUCAGGAUUUCCUGGAGUUAAAGGUGAAAAAGGACGUAAAGGAGACUCUGGACUUCCUGGAAUUGGCUUCCCUGGAGCUCCUGGUGAGAAGGGCGAACAAGGAUGGCCGGGCAAUUCAGGCUUACCUGGAGACAAAGGUGAAAAGGGUAUUCCAGGUAUUUCAGGCAUCCCUGGAUCCCCAGGCAUCAAAGGGCAGUCUGGCCUUCCAGGUUCUCCAGGUGUUCCAGGACUGGCAGGUGAAAAGGGACAGAAAGGAACCCCAGGCUUCAGUGGUGUUCCAGGGUUAAAAGGACAACCAGGUGACCCUGGAGCACAGGGCCCACAUGGAACUGCUGGAGAAAAAGGUGAGCCUGGUUUUGAUGGAAUCCCAGGCACUCCUGGUUCAAAAGGUGAUUCAGGUCUUCCAGGUAGAGGAUUUCCUGGAAUUCCAGGUGGAAAAGGAGAAAGAGGUCCUAAAGGAGAUGUGGGCUCUCCAGGGAGUCCUGGGAGUUCAGGAGUUCCUGGCACAAAGGGAGACAUUGGAUUUGUUGGCCCACAAGGUCCCCCAGGCCAACCAGGCAUUCCUGGGUUGCCAGGGAAUAUUGGAGAGGGCCCCAAGGGUGACCGGGGGCCCCAAGGGCAACCAGGGCUUCAAGGACUUCCUGGGCCUCAAGGAUUUCCAGGAGUUUCAGGAUUACCAGGAGAAAAAGGAGAAAAAGGAAGUCAAGGUUGGCCAGGGCAAUCUGGGCAACCUGGACCCAAAGGUGACCUGGGAGUUCAAGGAAUCCCUGGCAGUCCUGGUUUCCCUGGAACUACUGGUCAAAAAGGUGACAUGGGACCUCCUGGAAUUCCGGGUCCCCAAGGUCUAAAAGGUUCUUCGGGGUUUUUGGGAUCCAAGGGAGUACAAGGUGACCAAGGGUUUCCUGGAAGUAAAGGUCUGCCAGGCCCACCAGGUCCUCCAGGCCCUUUUCAACUUCUGAAAGGUGAACCAGGCCUACCUGGCACUCCAGGCCCUGCUGGCCCCAAAGGAAUUCCUGGUUUUCCAGGACCAAAAGGACAACAAGGUGUAACAGGACCAUCGGGUUUGACUGGCCCCCCAGGAAUACAGGGAAUUGACGGCACACCUGGUCAGAAAGGAGAUAAGGGCCCUGUGGGUCCUACAGGUCCGAGAGGCUUUCCUGGUCCCCCUGGUCCUGAAGGCAUGCCAGGGGUGAUGGGUCCACCGGGCAGACCCUCUAUGGCUCAUGGUUUCCUCGUGACCAGGCACAGCCAAACCACAGAGGACCCCUCCUGUCCAUUUGGGACAAGAGUCAUGUUCUAUGGAUAUUCUUUGCUUUAUGUACAAGGCAAUCAACGGGCCCAUGGUCAGGACUUAGGCUCUGCUGGAAGCUGUCUACGUAAAUUCAGCACAAUGCCUUUCCUAUUCUGCAACAUUAACAAUGUCUGCAAUUUUGCUUCAAGAAACGAUUAUUCUUAUUGGUUGUCAACCCCUGAGCCCAUGCCAAUGAGCAUGGCUCCUCUAACAGGAGACAGCAUCAGGCCUUUCAUCAGCAGGUGUGCUGUGUGUGAGGCUCCUUCUAUGGUGAUAGCAGUCCACAGCCAAACAGUUCAAAUCCCACCAUGUCCAGAAGGCUGGAACUCUCUGUGGAUCGGCUACUCCUUUGUGAUGCACACCAGUGCAGGGGCAGAAGGCUCCGGCCAAGCACUGGCCUCCCCGGGCUCCUGUCUUGAAGAGUUCCGCAGUGCACCCUUUGUUGAAUGCCAUGGAAAGGGCACCUGCAAUUAUUACGCCAAUGCCUACAGCUUCUGGCUUGCCACAAUUGAGAGGAAUGAAAUGUUCAAGAAACCUACAUCUUCCACACUGAAGGCCGGAGAACUGCACUCAAAUAUUAGCCGCUGCCAAGUUUGUAUGAAAAGAACAUAAUGACUACCCUAUUGUACCUAAUUUCACAGUAUGGUGCUAUUUUGUUAACAGCAAUGAAGCUUAGGCGUAUAUUCCUAUGUACCUCAUUGUUACCAGGUAUAAAGCCAUUAAGUGCCCUACAGGAAACUGCCUGACUGAAUUCUCUGUUUUUUUGGCUUUUAUUUGCUGAAGAUACAGUGGAGACAAUGCUUCAAAUGGCACUCUUGAAGAAACCUGAUUUUUGUAUGUCAGUGUGAUGCACUGAAACCUGGUUCUAAAUUCACAAGUGGGAGGAAGAGGAAGGAUCCAGUUCUGGGAGUUCCACAACUCCACAAUUCCCUUUUUUCCAUAUGUAUGCUUUAUAUAUAUAUGGGGUUCUAUCAUAGUUAGGAUAACUGUUAGACAAAUUACCCCACAGACCCAGGAUUUCUGGACCCAAAAUAUUGUUGAAGAGCAAUAUGGCACAGCAACAUGCCAAUUUCCUCUUGCAUUGCAUUCAAAGGACUGGAUCAAAGAAAGCAGAGUUCUGGCUGAGGGAUGGAAGGUUUCUGCUCUGUGGUACUACAUGGCUCUUUCUAGUCUGCCUUCUUAGGGAAGUCAUAGGGAUGGACCAGUAUGUGCGCAAACCCACUGGUGUUGAAUAUUUAUAUAUUAGCCAUUCUGCAAAUGAAGCAUUGAACGAUCUUUAAUUAUAAUGUAUUUUUUCUCAAUAUCCACUCUCAGAGGAGCUAUGAGAAAUUAUUAAUUCUCCUAGAUAGUGAUCAAA